ACCAAUCACAGCAUGCAAACACUAGGCAGUAAAAUGCCAUCUUGCUCAACACCUUUGCUGUACCUCUACUACCUGUUGCUAGUGCCAUGCUUUCAACUCUUGGAAGAAGCACAUGCGGCGCGCCAUGGAGGGAUCUCACUGAGGUCUCAACACAUGGCCCUCCUCCACUGGAAAUCUACACUUGGAAGCCCACCGCUGCAGAUGAGCACUUGGCGGGAAAACACCAGUCCGUGCAACUGGACAGGCAUCAAGUGUACGGCAGUUCGCCACGGCCGCCGCAUGCCCUGGGUGGUGACCAACAUCACGCUGCCGGAUGCUGGCAUCCGUGGCCAACUUGGUGAGCUCAACUUUUUGGCUCUUCCAUUCCUCGCAUGUAUCGACCUCAGUAACAACAGUCUCCAUGGUGCACUGCCCGGUAGUAUCAACUCCCUGUCAGCACUUUCAAUAGUUGACCUUACCUACAACAAGCUCACUGGGAAAAUUCCUUAUGAGAUUGGUGACCUACAAAGUCUCAGACAUCUUGGUCUCUCAUUUAAUAGACUCACAGGGCAUAUCCCAGCGUCUCUAGGCAACCUAACGAUGUUAACUGAUCUCCUCAUUCACCAAAACAUGGUAUCAGGUCCCAUUCCUGAGGAGAUUGGGAGGCUUGUCAACCUACAAAUUCUACAGCUAAGCAACAACACCUUAACCGGCAUGAUACCAAAAACCCUUGGAAAUCUGUCCCAACUAAAUACUUUGUUGCUCUAUGGUAAUCAACUUUCGGGGCCUAUACCCCAAGAACUAGGCAGGCUAGUCCAUUUGCAAAGUCUUCAGCUUCAUUCAAAUGCUUUUUUAGGUCCAAUUCCAAUCUCCAUAACCAAUCUCACUAAGAUGAAAACACUCUUUCUCUACAGAAAUCAAAUCACGGGUCCAAUACCUUUAGAAUUGGGCAUCUUGUUGAAUCUCCAAGCAUUAGACUUGUGCAACAACCAAAUAUCUGGCUCUAUUCCUGGCAGCUUAGGAAAUAUUACUAAGCUAGUACUACUAUCCCUAUUUGGAAAUCAGAUAACAGGUUCCAUUCCCCAAGAGAUUGGCAAUCUGAUGAACCUCGAAUAUUUAAAAUUGUAUCAGAACCAAAUUUCUGGAUCAAUACCAAAAACUUUUGGGAUGUUGCAAAGCCUGAAAGAACUGCAAAUCUUUAGUAACAAAUUAUCAGGUCCUCUUCCUAAAGAAUUUGGAGAACUCAUAAACCUUUUUGUACUUGGGAUGUCUAGGAACUCACUUUCAGGACCUUUACCCGCAAAUAUAUGUUCAGGUGGCAGACUUCAGCGUUUCUCUGUCGCUUCUAAUAUGUUCAAUGGCCCCAUACCAAGGAGUUUGAAGACAUGUACAAGUUUGGUUCGAAUUAACCUUGAGAGGAACCAACUAAUAGGAGACAUAUCUCAUCAUUUUGGUGUGUAUCCACAACUGACAAAGAUGCGCUUGACAUCGAAUAGACUCUCUGGGAGGAUCUCACCAAAUCUAGGUGCAUGUACCCAACUAAUAGAACUAAAUCUAGCAAACAAUAUGAUCACAGGUUCCAUAUCUCCAAUCCUUUCUAACUUGUCCAACCUAGUAGAGCUAAGACUCGAUUCUAAUCAUCUCAGUGGUGAGAUUCCGCCCGAAAUCUGCACUUUAACUAAUCUAUAUAGCCUGAACUUAUCGUCGAACCAAUUAUCUGGAUCCAUACCUAAACAGAUAGAAAAGCUGAGCAAUCUAGGAUAUUUUGAUAUAUCUGGGAAUAGACUGAGUGGAUUAAUACCUGAGGAACUAGGGGCCUGCAUGAAACUACUAUCCUUGAAGAUCAACAACAACAUCUUCCGCGGGAUUUUGCCUGGUGCGAUUGGAAAUUUAGCAGGCCUGCAGAUCAUGCUAGAUGUGAGCAACAAUAACCUUAGCGGUGUGUUGCCGCAGCAACUUGGGAAGUUGGAGAUGCUAGAAUUUCUGAAUUUAUCCCAUAAUCAGUUCAGCGGCAGCAUUUCCUCCUCUGUUGCAAGCAUGGCGAGCCUUUCAACACUUGAUGUGUCCUACAACGACAUGGAAGGAUCAGUCCCAAUAGCAUGGCUACUCCAGAAUGCUUCGGCAAGUUGGUUUCUUCCAAAUAAAGAUUUGUGUGGUAACCUCUCUGGCCUGCCACCUUGUUAUUCAACUCCAGUUGCUGGUCACCACGAACAGAAGAUACUAGGUUGGCUUUUGCCAAUUGCUCUUGUGGUAGGUUUCGGCAUUGUUGCUGCAAUUGCUGUCAUAAUAAUGCUUAGUUGUAACAAGAGAAAACCACAAGAUGGUGCCACUGCUGAAGCAAGGGACCUAUUCUCUGUUUGGAAUUUUGAUGGAAGAUUAACAUUUGACAACAUUGUAAGGGCAACAGAAGAUUUCCAUGAUAAGUACAUCAUAGGAACAGGAGGAUACGGCAAAGUCUUUAAGGCACAACUCCAAGAUGGUCAGCUAGUUGCUGUGAAGAAGCUUCAUCAGACCGAAGAGGAGUUGGACAAUGAAAGAAGAUUUCACAGUGAAAUGGUAAUCUUAUCACAAAUCCGACAACGAAGCAUUGUCAAAAUGUAUGGAUUCUGCUCCCAUCCCGCAUAUAAAUUUCUCGUAUAUGACUACAUUCAACACGGUAGCCUCCACAGUACACUGGAGAAUGAUGAGCUAGCAAAGGAAUUGGAUUGGCAGAGGAGAAUUAUUGUCGCGACUGAUGUGGCUCAAGCAAUAUCUUAUUUGCACCAAGAAUGCAGUCCACCUAUAAUCCAUCGAGAUAUCACGAGCAACAACAUAUUGCUUGAUAAAACCUUCAAGGCUUUUGUCUCGGAUUUCGGCACAGCAAGGAUUCUUAAGCCUGAUUCAUCAAACUGGAGUGGACUAGCAGGGACGUAUGGAUACAUAGCUCCUGAACUCUCGUACACAUCUGUUGUCACGGAGAAAUGUGAUGUCUAUAGCUUUGGUGUGGUUGUGCUAGAACUAGUAAUGGGGAAGCAUCCAAGGGAUCUAUUAGACGGUAGUUUGUCAAGCGGGGAACAAGCUAUGCUGGUGAAAGAUAUUCUAGACCAACGGCCGACAACACCAACAAUAACAGAAGAGAAUAGCUUAACUCUGCUCCUCGAGCUAGCCUUUUCUUGCUUGGAAUCUUCUCCACAAGCAAGGCCAACCAUGCGGGAGGCAUGCCAAACACUCAUCCAGCGACCCUCUUCUAGUUCCUGCCCCGUGCUUUUCAGCGCACUUACAUUACAGCAAGGGAGUGAUGCAUGUUGAUAUAUGAUCUGAAUUCUAGUAAAAAGCCAGGGUCCAUCGUAGCGGAAGCCGAUUUUUAGGUUUAUAUUUUGCCUCGAGUCACUCAUAUACCAUCUAUAUAUGUUGAAGUCUGUAAUCAUCCCGUGUCAUCUCGUAGGUUUUACUUCUAGCAAAAAUAAUAACCGGUCCAUGCAGCGUGAGCCUGUUCACGACAUGGCCGGAUCAGUAGUUGCAUGCUAUUACAAUCGCCUCGUGGGAUGGCAUGAGUACCGGCUGUAGCGGCUUAGAACUUGAGGCAUGGUCAAGGGACCGGGGAUGGCAUGUCCGUGAAGCUUGGUCAUGGCACAAGAUUAGGAUCUUUAUGUUAGCUAUUAGUUGAGCUAAUGAGCUGUUUAAAUAAAGAGGAGAACAAAGCAGAAAAGCUGCAACAGUUUACACAGCACAAAUAUCCACUGAUUCUUCUCCCUCCCUAUGCCUCGGGAUGAGUUCAUGACUCGUUGUAAGUGGUCGAUGCGUAAACAAGAACAAAUAAAUAUAAACAC